CCGCCUCCUCUCCUCCAGCUAUUUGCCAGCCAGCCCCGACGACAGACAGCCAGCCGCUCGCCGUCCUGCUGCUGCGCGGAGCCUCGUCUUGUCCCCUCCGAGCCCCCGGCAUCGUUGUGCACACCUGCGCGGACCUCCACGGGCUGGCUAGCGAGUUCGGUCGCGACUUUUUCGUAAAUUGCGGGGGGGGAAUUUAGUCUUUGCGAGCUCUGUUCUCCAACUGCCCUUCAAGACAUAUGGAGAAAAUGGCCAGACCUCUUCCUAUAAACCCAACUUUUCUGCCGCCGACUCACGGCGUCCUCAAGUCCCUGCUGGAGAAUCCGCUGAAGCUGCCUUUCCAUCACGACGAAGGAUUUGGCAAAGACAAGGAAAAGGAAAAGAAGCUCGAUGAUGAGAGCAGCGCUGCCAACCACCCGCAGUCGGCCUUCCUCGGGCCGACCCUGUGGGACAAAACCCUUCCCUAUGACGGGGACAACUUUCAGCUGGAGUACAUGGACCUGGAGGAGUUCCUGUCAGAAAACGGCAUCCCAGCCAACACAACCCAGAGCGACCAGGCCCCGCAGACGGCACAGCCACCUCAGGCUGCCCCUCUGCAGCAGGCCCCGCCGCCCGCCCCGCCCACCCCCUCCGUGGUGGACCUGAGCAGCCGAGCCACCACAUCAGUUCACACAGGCAUGGCGCCUCAGACCUGCCUCCACAGCCCCAGCACAGCAGCAUUGCCCUCAUCCCGGGACACCCCCAGCCCCAUCGACCCAGAGUCCAUUCAGGUGCCCGUGACCUAUGACCCCGAUCCGGCUGACCUGGCCCUGUCCAGUGUGCCCGGUCAGGAGAUGUUCGACCCCAGGAAGCGCAAGUUCUCCGCCGAGGAGCUGAAGCCACAGCCCAUGAUCAAAAAAGCCCGCAAGGUUUUCAUUCCCGAGGACCUGAAGGACGAUAGGUACUGGGCCCGGCGCAGAAAGAACAACGUGGCGGCCAAGCGGUCACGGGACGCCAGGCGGCUGAAGGAGAACCAGAUCGCCAUCCGGGCCGGCUUCCUGGAGAAGGAGAACGCCGCUCUCCGCAUGGAGGUAGCGGACUUGAGGAAGGAGUUGGGCCGCUGCAAGAACGUUCUGGCUAAAUACGAGUCCCGACAUGGGCCCCUGUGAGCCCCAAACCCUCGCCUCGCCCGCCCAUCCACCACCACCAAACCCCCCAGCACCCACUCUGCUCCCCAGACCCUCCUUCCCUCGAGUUUGAAGGACAAUGUGUCUCUUUUUUUGGUGGCACUGCCCCCCUCCUCCUCCUCCACCAACUCCACCCCUACUUUCUUCUCCUCACCCCGCCUCCUCCUCCACCCCACCAACACACACCUGUAUGAUUCUGGUAUUAUAACUGUCAUUUUUGACUUCUAUCAUAAGCUUCAAUUCAUCUGUUCCUUCUUUUACUUUACUGUACACAUUGUUUGACUAAAUAUAUAUACAUAUACAUAGAUAAAUAUAUAUAUAUUUACACAUGCAUACUUCCCACUUUAAUGUACUGUGAGGAGUUAUGAGCCAACCCACCAGCUGAGUCUGAUCCCCCUCCCACUCUGCUACCUUCCACUUUUGAGAAACGAUGCCAUGCUGUUUGUUGUUCACUUUCAUACCGAUUUUAUACGUGAGAUCAGGACUGAAAACUGUUGUUUCCCUUCUUUGUCUCUCUGUGACGUGUCCAGGAACCUGCUUCUAGCUUCAUCUCUUUUUUGACCCCUUUUCUUGAUGUUCAUGUUGUGUGUCAGUUGUCUAACCCUCCUCGCGCUCUAACACUACUCUCCUCAAACAGCAUAUGCGGUAUUUUAACGUUCAGAUAGCACUUCAAGAGUUUUUCCUGUGCAAUCCUGGCGCAGAUUUGCCGUUUCUGAAAACCAGUUGUUUUUUUUCAUCACUCGGACACUGAGCAAUAAUUCCUACCCACAGCUAAACUGAGAUAUGUUCCUCAGCCCUCCAUGCUCGCCCCGCUGACAGAUCACAACCUAUCAUCCUCCUUCUUUUCCCAUUUUGCAUCUUAGCUCACCUCCGUUAACUAACCUAACCUUAGUUAACCUCUGCACUAAUGCGUGUCUCACAAUCUGAUCCGGUGCAAUGUUUCCACUCGCUCAAAAUUUCCUCCACCUCAUAUUUAUCUACCUUUUAUUUCUCAGAUGGAAGAUUGUUGUUUUUUUAUAUAUAUAUAUAUUCUGUUGAUAUAAUUGUUAGUAUUAAUACUACUCUUGACAUUGUUGUUGUUUAGCCUCCUCCUUGUUUUCAGAUUUAAGCAUGAUUUCUUUCACAAAACAAAAAGCUAUUCGCAAAUCUUUUCUCUCUCGUUCUCUCUCUCUUUUUUUGGCAAAGUUGUUGAUAAUUCUUUUUGCUUCUGUUAAACUUAGCAUGAUUAAUAUGAGUGUUUUUAUUUUAGAAAUCAAUACAGAUGUCUGUAGUCUCUCUUUGUAGCUCUAUGUUUGCCUUCUUUUUAAAGAUGGCUGUAUGAAUGUAAAAGAUGUUGACAAAAAAAGUUGGAUGGUGUUGUCCAAUACUGUGGUUAACCCAAUCAAUUUGUUUACUGCAGACCAAACGAUUCACAACAGAGAUGAUAUAUUGGUUACAAGAGAUAUGUUUAUAUAAACUUAUUCUAUAAGUUGUUCUUUUUGUACAGUAUUUUUCCUAUACAUUACUGAACUAUGUAUUUUAAAGGCACAACAGAUCCAGAAAAUUAUUAAAGAAUACAAAUAUAUAACUCAAAGACAAAUGCAUAUAGUGGUAUUUUGAUAUUCUAUAUUAGGUAGGAUGUGGUAGUUUUACAGAGAUUUGUGGACAUUCAGCAGCACCCAAAACCGCCUGGGCAUUAUUGUACUCAUUAUUACCGUCAUUAUUCUUAGUAUGACAACACUCCUGCUUACGUUGGUGCCACCGUUGGGCUCCCAUGUCAUUUAAAUCAAAAGAAGCAGAUGCUGAAAUGCAGUUCAGAAGAAAGAAUGUACAGUUAGGUCUCUUUUCAUUGCUGUUAACCCACAUUCGGAAAGAACAGACACUUUGUUAACUAUGUUUGAACCUCCCAAGAUUUAAUAAGUCGUCCAGUAAAGGGUUUUUCUUUCCUUUCUUGGUGAAUGUUUAAGGCUUUCUGUAAUCGUGCAGCUUGAUUUGAUGGGAUGAAGUUACUAUGAAGGAAGGGAGAUCUAUAGCUGGUUACUAUUGCUGCUGUGUGUGUGCGAUCGGUUCCUUCAGUCGAUGCAGUUGUAGUGUGUCCCUGAACCUGAGUGAUGGACACUGGGAAGCUUUUUUUAAUUUCAUUUUGAUGUUUUUAUAGAGAUUUUCUCUUCGGUUAAGGCUUACAGUGGACCCCCCCAAAUGUUAGUGUGUUGCUGAGCAGCAUGUUGCAAAGCUUUCCGCUAGUCAGUCUAGUGCGUGACUGAUUUGUGUUUUUCAAGUCUGAUACAGACGUUUCAGAUCAAUAGUAUGGAAGUCCGAAGAUGCCAGUAUUAAAAUGGAGUCAUUUAUAGAAGUACUUAUUUUCUUAUGUAUUAAAUAUGAUGUUACAGUUAGCAGCAUCUAAGCUAGGUAACGGCCUGACUCUGCCCAAGGGUAAAGGCUUUAUACAUUGACAAACUGCAGGAAAAACAACAGUUUGUGCUGUUAUGUACUGGGCUUAUUCUAGUUGUUUUUGUACCAGUUAGACAAGAAAAACAAGCGGUUUCCCCAGUCUUCUACUAAGCUAAGCUAACCAGCUGAUGGUGGUGGUUUCAUAUUUAAAUUGCUAAGAAGAAGGUUUUUUGUUUUUAUUUUUAUAAAUCUGUACAAGAUUUAUACAUUAGAUAAUUUCCCCACAUGUGAAACUUUUGAUUUAAUCCAAUUAUGUUUUCAUUAUGUGGUGAAUAAUAAAACAAGAAUGUAUUCCAUUCAAAACAUUUUUAUUUUGUUUUAAGAAAUGAGCUAAACUCAAAUGUGAAAGUCAUGUUUGCAAACACAUCUUCUGAUUUGAGAUUGACAAUUUGAAAAUGAGAAGUACAUUGCAAAUGUAAUUGUUGAUUUGAAGAAAAAUAUCAAAUUUGUUGAUUAUUUGUUAAUGGAGUUUCAUUUGUUGUUUGUUUUAGCAGUAAUUGUGCAUUUUUAAACAUCUGUAAGAGGAAUUAGAAUUUUGUUUUGUUAUUGGGAUCUCUGGACUUCCAUAUUUUAGUGGCAACAUCUUAUUAUUUUAGUCUUUAGUGUUUUGUUCUGUUCAAGGUGUGUAAACUAGAUUUAAAGACAUAACAACCCUAAACUCAGUCAGAAAAGUCAACAUCCGCCCAAUAAUACAAAGCUCAUACAUUCCAGUCUCAGUCCCAGAGUUGCUUGAAUGUUCUAGAUCCGAUCCAAAGGUGUGUGCGAGAUUUAAAAAGAUUGUUUUCUAACCACAAACUAUCACGUCGAUACUUACUAGCGCUUUAGAGGAGGGUUUUCCUUCGGCAUCUUACCUGCACAGAUACUAGAUACACUUGAGUGUAAACAGGGUUUGCAGUGAAGACUGGAAUGAUGCCUCCCAAAUCUCUGGAGCAUCUUUUUAUGAAAUCACAUAUGUAUAUCUAUCUAUAUCUAUAUCUAUACAGAUAUAGAUAUAGAUAUAUAUAUAUAUAUAUAUAUACAUAUAUAUAUAUAUAGGAAAAAGCCAAUAAUUAAUCCAUGUGUAUCCCAAAAUUACCUCACUGUAGAGUGAAUUCACUACCUCACCCGGAAAUGUUAACCAUAAUUCUAAGUCUAUUCCAGUGCCUUGAAUACACUGACUGUUCACCAGUCUCUCAGCAAUGUAAAGUCUUCAUCACAGCACCGCUCGGAUAGGUUCAGAUCUGCACUGAAGGGCUUCUUAGUGCAUCAAAAUCUAUAUAUUAUAUACACCGACGACUCUUUUUCAUUUCUUAUUUUGGACAUUGCAACAGACUUGUAACCAUUGUAUUCAUGGCAACACCAACAGACUGUUUCAGAGUGUAUAAAAGUACAAUAUAAGGAGUAUUUGUUUGUCAUGGAAUGGAUGCAUAACAUUUAUUCGUGCUGUUCAGCCCUCAGCCUCUCUGUCUCUCUGUAAUUUGUAGUGUCUAAUAAAAUCCCAAUUCUUA